GAGGCGCCGCGAGCUCUGGAUUUUCUGCGCGACGACUGCUAUAACGUAAACAACUUCUUUCGCCGUCAGGGCGUGGCCACACUGACUCUGCGCGAGUUCUUUGAGUGGGUCGUGGAUCCCAGUCUGCCGCAUCCUGAUGAGACGGCCGAGUGCGCCGCCUGUUUGGACGAGUUGUUGGCGCGAGCCAAUGAGCGGGGGCACAACUCCACUCUGGAUGCAGAGGACGACGCCUUUCGACGGGUGUAUGUACCUCGCAGUCUUUUUGAAGUGAAACAAUUCUUCCGGGAUUUUGUGCGUCUGAAGAAGGGCCUGAUCAAACCGGAGGACCUGUAUUAUGCAGCCGUCUCAGGCAUCCGAUCAGAUCUGCCUGGAGGCAACCAAAUUAAGAAGGACGGAUCAACUGUCGACUGCCUAGCUGAGGAAGAAGAGGGCAGCGAGAGUGAAAGUGAGUCCAGUUCGGCCGAAGAGGAUGCUGCCUCAGACGCGUCAGUCGACGCCGAAAAGUGUUUUGAGGAAGAAAGAAUAAAGCAAUCCAAUCGACAUCCCCGUAACGAGUCCCCCGAAAGCAAACGACUUCGGAAAAAGGAGGUAAAAGAGGAGAAGGCACGGAAAAGGGAAACGAAAAUACCGAAGAAAGUGAAGAAACGUUGUGUGAAAGGGAAGAAGUGA